UAAACCCUAACCCCGCCACUAACUGCUUCGGUUCUGCCCCAAAUAAAUAGCUUCUCAAAACAGAGCCACUUGUCGCCUUUGUUCGCAACAACUGCCCAGUUUCGCCAGAGAGAAAAAUGGACCGGUACCAGAAGGUGGAGAGGCCAAAGGCUGAGACACCGAUAAACGAGAAUGAACUGAGGAUUACUGCUCAAGGAAGAAUGAGGAAUUACAUUUCUUACGCCAUGACUCUGCUUCAGGAGAAAGGUGCAAAUGAGAUUGUGCUUAAAGCCACUGGCAGAGCUAUCAAUAAGACUGUCAUGAUUGCUGAAUUACUUAAGAGGAGGAUUGUUGGUCUUCAUCAGAACACAUCAACUGGAUCAAUAGACAUAACUGACACAUGGGAACCACUAGAAGAAGGCCUUCUUCCCCUAGAAACCACUCGCCAUGUUUCAAUAAUCACGAUUACUUUGUCCAAAAAAGAAUUGGAUACAUCUUCUGUAGGAUAUCAACCACCAAUCCCAGCUGAUCAAGUGAAGCUGUUGGCUGAGUUUGAUGACAAUGAAGGAGGCAAUAUCAAUGGUGUGGUGGAGCAGAGGAAUGGAGGAUGGGAUGGUGGACGAGGAUAUGGAGGCAGAGGUCGGGGUCGUGGGAGGGGACGUGGUUUCCGAGGGCGUGGAAGAGGGUUUGGUGGUGGAAAUAUGCAGCAAGACUCAGGAUAUUACAAUGGUAAUGGUCCAUCGGGACCAUUGCCUGUCCAGGGUCGUGGUCGUGGACGUGGGAGGGGAAGGGGACGUGGUCGUGGCCAAGGUUUCAGAUCUGAUGGUCCAUUUCAGAGAACUGCUUGAGCUUCUAGCACCCUAGCUUCUGCAGAACUAUGGCUUUAGAAUGAAACAAACCAGUACUGGAUGGCUGCUCUAUUCAUCAUCAGUCUUAGACAUUAUUUAAGGCUUUGGAAAAUUGAGUUGUAGGGUACCUUAUAUAUUACUUUUCUAGGCCGAAAUUUUUUGUAGGAAAGUUGGUAGGAUAUUUUAUCACACUCUGCCAACGUUGUAGAAUUUUUAGUUUUUUUUUUUUUUUUGGGUUUUUUUAUUGAAAAUUAUUUUCUCAAAAUAAUAGAGCAGAACAUUCGUUCAUGCUGUUUUAUCACUUAUAAAAUUUUUCAUAUUUCUUAUAUAAUAUUGAAUUAGGAUUAAUUAAUUACAUUAUCGUGCUUGUAAGCAAUAUGCGUCAAAGCUUUAACGCCAAUAUUUGAAAUGACAUAAGUACCCCUACAUUUGACAACUGGGCGGCUAUAGCAGCGAGUACACAUUAUCCAUCUCGCAUCUUCUUCUUUCCUUUCUCAGUUCCUUCCCCUGUCUCUCUCUCUCUCUCCCUCUCCCUCCUUCGUGGCAUUUAAACUGUUGGCCAUCGUCUCCUUUGCCAGUUUUUCUUUUAGCUUCUCAAAUAAAUUUCCUCACAGUUUCAAAUUCUUCCAAUCAGUGGAAAGCCAAAUAAUU